GUUUUUGAAUCAAAUGAAGAAUCAGGCCAUCUUAUCCUUACCAUUGUUGUAUCUGGCCAUUUCUUUAUUUCCCAGGGACGAACAGUACUGGAAGGCUUUUCAUUAAUUGAUUCCCACAAGUGGUUAAAGAUAGUCAGACGAGCAGACUGCCUGCUGCUUUGUGCGCAGUCAAAGCAGAACGAAUGCCGCAUGUUUCGCGUUCAAUUUGGUGGGGAUUCCAAGGAAGAGAUGCUGGAACACUGCUGCAGUUGCGUUCGGAAACUUGCAGAGUAUGUGCCGGUUCAAGUAAUGGAUGAACGCGGGCAGCAGCUCUGUCACAGUCUCGGUCAGCUGGCUGACGGUGGGGAUCAGCUCAAGGAGGCGGAACAGCAUCCAUCAGUCCCACAUGGACCAGAUGAGCCUCUACCGGAUUCCUGCUCAAGCCUUGGAGAAACAAGAUCCGUAGCACAGCUAGCACAGGCUGUGCUGAAGAACCACCCCGAGCUCCCCCUCCUGCAUCCGCACGCAGCCUGGCGUGCGCAAGAGCUGGGGCCCUUCAUCCGCCUCUGUCUCAUGGACCAGAGUUUCCCAGCUUUUGUGGAAGAUGUGGAGAAGGAAUUGAAAAAACUCACAGAAGGUUGA